CAUCAACAUUCUCCCCAUACCGCCCCCGCCUCGUCCCGACGCCUCGAGCGACCUCUUCCUCCCCGAGCCCCCUCCCGCACCAUCGCACAGCACCCUUUUAACGGCCGAGAUCUGCAUCCCCGCCUUCGCUCGGUGCACGAGAUACACUUCGCCGCCCGCCUAGCUUCCACCCGCAAGCAACAUGGCCGCAGACGACGAGAAGAAGCCCACAGCCGCCGAUAAGGGCAAGGGAAAGGCGGCAAAUGGCGACGCAGAGCAGAAGGAAGUCCAGAAAGACAAGGAUGGCAAGCCCAUAGACGAUAAGAAAGGCGCGCCUGCCGUUGAGGAGCUCAGUGAGGAGGACCAGCAGCUGAAGAGCGACCUGGAGAUGUUGGUUGAGCGGAUACUGGGACCGGAUGCAGAUCUCUACAACCCCGCGCUCGAGAAGAUCAAGGAGUUCAUCAAGACAGCCACGAGUUCGAUGACGGCGGUGCCGAAGCCGCUCAAGUUUCUGCGACCACACUAUGAAAGCUUAGAGAAGGCCUACGACUCGUGGCCCGAGGGCGACAACAAGAAAUCGUUCGCCGACAUGCUAUCCGUACUCGGAAUGACGUAUUCCGACGAGGACCGCCUCGACUGCUUGAAAUACCGUCUGCAAGCGCCAUCCUCGGAUCUUGGCUCGUGGGGCCACGAAUACAUGCGCCAUCUCGCUCUCGAGAUUGGCAGAGAAUACCAGAAGCGGUUGAACGAUGACAAGUCGACGGACGACAUCACGGACCUUGUCCUCUCGCUGGUUCCCUUCUUCCUGAAGCACAACGCCGAAGCCGAUGCAGUCGAUAUCCUCUCCGAGCUGGAGAUGAUUGACCAAAUUGAGCAGUAUCUGGAUGCCGACACAUACAGCAGGGUGUGCUUGUACAUGGUCAGCACGGUGCCCCUCCUCACCUACCCCGACAACGACAAGUUCCUCCGCACAGCCUACCAGGUCUACCGGAAAUACAAGCAGUACACCCAGGCCGUGGUCCUCGCGAUACGGCUCAACGACCGGGAGCUGAUUGAAGAGACGUUCAACUCCACAGAGGACAAGGCGACAAGGCGGCAGAUGGCUUUCCUCAUUGCCCGACAGCGGAUCUGGUUCGACGUGUCGGAAGACGAGGAUUCUGAGCUACAAGAGUGCCUAAGCAACACCCGCUUGUCAGACUACUUCAAGGCGCUGGGCAAGGAGCUGAACAUCUUAGACCCCAAGACUCCUGAUGACAUCUACAAGACCCACCUCGAGAGCAGCAGGACAGCUGGUCUCACCAACACCGACUCAGCGCGCCACAACCUGGCUUCCGCCUUCGUUAACGCCUUUGUCAAUGCUGGUUACGGUAACGACAAGUUGAUGCUCAACUCAGAUAGCAAGAACAGCUGGGUCUGGAAGACCAAGGAUGAGGGCAUGCUUUCCACAGCUGCAUCGCUCGGUAUGCUCAUGUUGUGGGAUGUUGAGAUGGGUCUUGACAAGAUCGAUCCCUACACCAACGUCGACGAGGAUCUCGUUAAGGCCGGUGCUAUGCUUGCGACGGGUAUCUUCAACUCCGGUGUGCGAAACGACUCCGACCCCGCCAUGGCUUUGCUAGGUGAUGAAGAGAACCUCUCCCACAAGAACGUCAAUGUCCGCGUAGCCUCCAUUAUGGGUCUGGGUCUCGCAUACGCUGGAUCAAACAAGGAAGAGCUUCUGGAGAUUCUGCUUCCCAUUGUCACUGACACAAGCCUCGACAUGCAACUCUCAGCCAUGGCGGCUUUGGCCUUGGGUCUCAUCUUUGUUGGCUCGGCUCACGGCGAGGUGACCGAUGCGUUGAUGAACACCCUCUUGGACGAGGACCGGUCGAAGCAGCUCAAGGACAAGUGGACGCGUUUCAUGGCUCUCGGACUCGCCUUGCUGUUCUUUGGGCAGCAGGAAGAAGUUGAUGUCAUUCUGGAGACCCUCAAAGCUCUCGACCACCCCAUGUCUAAGCCUACAUCUGUGCUCGCUGAGGUUUGCGCAUGGGCGGGUACCGGUAACGUACUGAAGGUCCAGCAGUUGCUCCACAUCUGCAACGAGCAUAUCGAAGAAGAGAACGAGGAGAAGAAGGGUGACGAGUUGCUCCAGUCAUAUGCUGUAAUCGGCUUGUCAUUGGUGGCAAUGGGUGAAGACGUCGGGCAGGAUAUGAUCAUAAGAACUUUCGGCCACCUAAUGCAUUACGGCGAGGCCAACAUUCGAAAGGCGGUGCCUUUGGCAAUGGCCUUGAUCAGCCCUAGCAACCCCCAGAUGAAGGUCUACGACACUCUUUCGCGGUACUCUCACGACAAUGACAACGACGUCGCGAUCAACGCUAUUUUCGCCAUGGGUCUGGUUGGCGCUGGUACUAACAACGCUCGUCUCGCGCAAUUACUGCGUCAACUUGCGAGCUACUACCACCGCGACCCCAACGCCCUCUUCAUGGUUCGCAUAGCUCAAGGUCUGCUCCACGCAGGCAAGGGUACCCUUUCCAUGAGCCCCUUCCACACCGACCGAUCAGUCCUCUCCCGUGUCGCCGCUGCAGGUCUUCUCACCGUCCUUGUCUCCAUGAUCGACGCAAAGCAGUUCAUUGUUGGAGACGCGCAUUACCUACUCUACUUCCUGGCAACAGCCAUCUCUCCCCGGUUCCUCAUCACCCUUGACGAAGAGCUGAAGCCGCUCACAGUCAAUGUGCGAGUUGGUCAAGCCGUCGAUAUCGUUGGCCAGGCGGGUCGUCCCAAAGCAAUCACUGGAUGGCAGACACAGAGCACGCCAGUGCUGCUGAGCCAUGGCGAGAGGGCGGAAUUGGAAGACGAGAAGUACCUGAGCUUGAGUAAUGUAUUGGAAGGCGUAGUCAUCCUACGGAAGAACCCAGAGUGGGAGGAUUGAGGUUGCCUUAGACAAAUGAGGCAUGGUAGCUUCAAGAAAAUUAGCUAUGAAGCUUAUGUAGCCUGGUGGAAUGCAGAGGAUACAACAUAUCGUGUCCAGGCUCUUGACGAGGGACUGUGUAACAGUAAAUAGAUGCGUGGAGACUACGAAUGAAGUAUUGGUAUGCAUGUCAUGGAUGG